AUGUCAAUGAGGAAUAAGACUUCAUCUUCUGACUUUAUCCUCCUGGGGCUUCUGGUGAACAAUGAAGUCACAGGAAUAAUCUUUGCUGUCAUCUUUACUAUUUUCAUAGUGGCUGUGACUGCAAAUUUGCUCAUGAUAUUCUUGAUCCAGGUGGAUUCCCGCCUCCACACCCCCAUGUACUUUCUGCUCAGUCAACUGUCUAUCAUGGACACCCUUUUCAUCUGUACAACUGUCCCAAAGCUGCUGAUUGACAUGGUUUCUAAAGAGAAGACCAUUUCGUUUGUGGCUUGUGGCAUCCAGAUAUUCCUCUACUUGACCAUGAUUGGCUCAGAGUUCUUCCUCCUGGGCUUGAUGGCCUAUGACCGCUAUGUGGCUGUGUGUAACCCUCUUAGGUACCCAGUCUUGAUGAACAGAAAGGUGUGUGCUCUGCUGGCUGUUGGUGCCUGGUUUGGUGGUUCCCUGGAUGGUUUUCUACUCACUCCUAUCACCAUGAAUUUCCCCUACUGUGGCUCUCGUAGUAUCAACCAUUUCUUCUGUGAGAUUCCUGCUGUUCUCAGAUUGUCCUGUUCUGACACAUCUUUGUAUGAAACUUUAAUGUACAUCUGCUGUGUACUCAUGCUACUCAUCCCCAUCUCUAUUAUCUCAACCUCCUACACCCUCAUCUUGUUAACAGUUCAUCGCAUGCGCUCUGCUGAAGGCCGCAAAAAGGCAUUUACCACUUGUUCUUCCCACUUGACUGUAGUUAGCAUUUUCUAUGGGGCUGCCUUCUACACUUAUGUUCUGCCCCAGUCAUUCCACACCCCAGAGAAGGACAAGGUAGUAUCUGCCUUUUAUACCAUUGUCACACCCAUGCUCAAUCCUCUCAUUUAUAGUCUCAGAAAUAAAGAUGUCUUGGGGGCAUUUAAAAAGAUAUUUGCAAGAUGUUCAUCUGCUCAUAAAGUAGCAACAAGGGGUGAUUAG